GGUUAUGCUUUUGCGUUCACGUCAACUGGAGGCACUGAAGCUGUUUCCCUAAGUGGAACACCUGAUCGCGCUUUGACAGAAAUGACAAUUUGUUUAUGGAUGAAAACAAAUCAAUCAUCUGACACCAACGGAACUCCACUGAGUUACACAGCUAAUGGCAGGAAAAACGAAAUUGCCAUAAACGACUAUAAAAACUUCAAUCUUAAGAUUGGUCGGAGAAACGUUUGGAAUCUUUUCUUAAGUUAAGCCCAUGCAGCAAACGUUUUUAAGGAGCUUUUAGUAAAUUUUGUAAAUUUCUUUAUUUAUUCUUGUACUUUUUUUAUUGUAAUUGCAUUCAAAAUAAUGCUAUAUAAUCAUUGUUCCUGAAAAGCCCCUUUGGGGAGGUAACAAUAAGGUAUGUAAAAGGGCCAAAAUUAGAAAAAAUCCGAAACAACUUAAGCCACCAGCCUGAGAAAAAACAGCCGACAGUGCACGACGCCACCUCAUAUAAAUGUCAUUUUUCAACAUUAUCACUUGAAAGAUUCUUUUCUUACUUCCUUACUUCAACCCUCUGAUCCGAGAAAGAAGCUUUCUCUAUUUUCUUAUCUUUAUUGCUAGGCAGGAGCAGGGUUAUGGGCUUCUGUUCUGGGUUAUCAGCAGGCUACCUCGACCUUUCCCCUACCAGUGGAAAUGCUUGGAGUCCUUUUUUUUUUUUAAUAUGGGGGCCGGCGGUUAGAAAGAAGAUCAGCUAUCAUGGCAACUUAAUUUUAUCAUUUUCUAAUCAACAAAGCUAGCUUAGAACAUUUCAGUCCGUGUUAAGGCUUUAAUUUUUUAGCUUCACUUUCAUUAUCAUAUCCUGUCUUAUCUUCAUCGGUUUCAGGCCAAUUUCAGUCUCUGCCAACGAUGGGAGAUGGCACCACAUUUGCCUCACAUGGCGAAGCUCAAAUGGCUCGUGGAAUUUUUAUAAGGACGGAACGCUGGCUGCGUCUGGCUCACCGUUAAAUGCAAGGCAUGUGAUUAAGGCAGGAGGAUGUCUUGUUCUGGGUCAAUCCCAAAAAGACGUUUGCGGUGUUUUCAAAGCCGACAAGAGAUUUUUUGGCCUUUUAGCAAACGUCAACAUUUGGGACCAAGUACUUUCUUACACUGCCAUUACUGCAAUGUCUCAUUCCUGCUAUUCUGGUAUUGGAAAUGUUGUCAAGUGGCUCGACUUCAGCGACGCUGUCAUGGGCAAUGUAGAGGUGACGCCCUCAACCUGUAAACCUGAAAGUUAA